AUGUCCGACAACAACGACAACGUCAACAACCUUGCAAACCAAUUUGCCGAUCAAAACCUCGGUGACGCCUCUCAAGGCCAAGACCAAGGCCAAUUCAACCCAGGCCAAGCCCAGGCUUUCAACCCAGCUGGCGGUCAACAACAGCAAUACUAUGGUAACAAUAACAACUACUACCAACAGGGUUACAAUAACUAUAACCAAGGUUAUAAUGCCAACAACUAUAACCAAGGAUACAACCAAGGAUACAACAAUAACUACAGAAACAAUUACAACAACAAGGGCUACAACAACUACAAUAAUAACAAUAAUAACAACAACAAUUAUAACCAAGGCUACAACAAUUAUAACCAGGGCUACAACAACUACAAUCAAGGUUAUAACGGUUAUAACGCCAACAAUACCAAUACUAACUCCCAAUCAAAAGGUAUGACCUUGGAUGACUACAAGAAACAACAAGCUUCCACCACAGCCGCCAAGCCAAAGAAGACUUUGAAGCUCACUUCUAGUUCAGGUAUUAAGUUGGCUAAUGCUCCAAAGAAGGAACAGCCAAAGAAGGAAGAACCAAAGGAAGAAAAGAAGGAAGAAAAGAAGGAAGAACCAAAGAAGGAUGAAGUAAAGGAAGAACCAAAGGAAGAAAAGAAGGAAGAGCCAAAGAAGGAAGAAGUAAAGGAAGAACCAGCGCCAGUUAAAAAAGUUGAAAAGAAAGCAGCCCCAGCCGCCGCUGCAACCCCAGAACCUAAGGAAGAAGAAACUUACAUUGAUCCAGAAGUGGAAAAGGAUCUUUUUGACCGUAAAGAAACCAUGUCUGUUAUCUUUAUGGGUCACGUCGAUGCCGGUAAAUCUACUCUUUCUGGUAACAUUUUGUUUUUGAGUGGGUCUGUUGAUAAGAGAACUGUUGAAAAGUACGAAAGAGAAGCCAAGGACGCCAGUAGACAAGGUUGGUACUUGUCUUGGAUUAUGGACACCAACAAGGAAGAAAGAAAUGAAGGUAAGACCGUUGAAACCGGUAAAGCUUAUUUCGAAACUGAAAAGAGAAAGUACACUAUUCUUGAUGCACCAGGGCAUAAGAUGUACGUUUCUGAAAUGAUUGGUGGUGCCUCCCAGGCUGAUGUCGGUAUUCUUGUGAUUUCCGCUCGUAAGGGUGAAUUCGAAGCUGGUUUCGAAAAGAGUGGUCAAACUAAAGAACACGCUAUGUUAGCUAAGGUUCAAGGUGUCGAAAGACUCGUGGUGGUCAUUAACAAGUUGGAUGAUGAAUCUGUCAAUUGGUCAGAAAAACGUUACAAGGAAUGUGUUACCAAAUUGAGUCUUUACUUGAAGGGUAUUGGUUUUGACUUGAAAAAGAAUGUUUAUUUCCUUCCAGUUUCUGGUUUCACUGGUGCUGGUUUGAAGGAUAGAGUCACUAACUUGAAAUAUUACAAGGGUCCAAGUUUGUUAGAAUACUUGGAUGGUUUGGAAACCAUUAACCGUUCGGUGAAUGCUCCGUUCAUGUUGCCAAUUUCUGGUAAGAUGAAGGACUUGGGUACCGUUGUGGAAGGUAAGAUUGCUUCAGGCCACGUCAAGAAGAACGACACUUUGCUUAUUAUGCCUAACAGAGUUUCCGUUGAAGUGAUGAACAUUUAUACCGAAACCGAAGCCGAAAAUGAGAUGGCUAAGAGUGGUGAACAAGUGAGAUUGAAGAUUAGAGGUAUUGAAGAAGAAGAAGUUUCCCCAGGUUAUGUCGUUACCUCUCCUAAGGCUCCAGUUAAGAUUGCCACCAGAUUCGAAGCCCAAAUUGCCAUUGUUGAAUUGAAAUCUAUCUUGUCUACAGGUUUCUCUUGUGUUAUGCAUGUUCACACUGCCAUUGAAGAAGUCACCUUCACCGCUUUGUUACACAAAUUGCAAAAGGGUACCAACAGAAAGUCUAAGCACCCACCUCCAUUUGCCAAGAAGGGUAUGAAGAUCAUUGCCGUUUUGGAAACCACCCAACCAAUUUGUAUUGAAUCUUACGAUGACUAUCCACAAUUGGGUCGUUUCACAUUGAGAGAUCAAGGUGCGACUAUUGCCAUUGGUAAGAUCACAAAAUUGUUGAAUUAA